CAGCUCCAUGGAAACCACCCACAGCGUUCUCACGUAGUGGAUCUGAGAUAAAUUAGCCACUUAGCUAACGACUUUAUCUGCGCUUUUUUGAAUAAUUUAGGAUUGUCGCUUCGAAAUUAUUUAUUCUAAUUGUUUAUCACCUCGUUGGUUUUGGAAUAUCAUGAUUCGCACCCCAGACGCAAGAGCGAGGGACACCCAGACCAAGCAGAUCCAAGACAGCAUCACCCAUGUGGAGAAGCACUUUGGAGAGCUGUGCCAGCUCUUUGCAACAUACGUUCGUAAAACUGCACGACUAAGAGACAAAGCUGACCUGCUGGUCCAAGAGAUCGGCCUCUAUGCUGACACAGAGACUCCAAACCUGAAAAAUGGGCUGCGGCAUUUCGCAGAUCAACUCGCCAAAAUUCAGGACUAUCGCCAAGCGCAGGUGGAAAGACUUGAUGCCAAAGUAGUGGAGCCAUUGAAAGCCUAUGGUAACAUUGUGAAACAGAAAAGGGAGGACCUGAAACUCACCCAGACUGCCAGGAGCCGAGAAGCAAAGCAGAUGCAGCAGCUGGAGAGAACGAGACAGAAAAAUCCUUCAGACAGACAGAUUAUUUCACAGGCUGAGAGCGAGCUGCAGAGAGCCACGAUGGAUGCCACUCGCACCACUCACCAACUCGAGGAGACAAUAGACAUGUUUGAAAGGCAGAAAAUCCGAGACAUCAAGAAAAUCUUUGGGGAGUUUAUAACUGUAGAGAUGACAUUUCACGCCAAAGCGUUGGAGGUGUAUACUACCGCCUAUCAGCACAUCCAGAAUGUGGAUGAGGAGGGUGAUCUAGAGGUAUUUAGAAGCUCACUGCACCCGCCUGACUAUCAGUCACGCUUAGAGAUCGUCCGCGCCAAUUCCAAAACAUCCCUAAAUCACACUGGUACAUACAUGAGUAAAUCAGGGACCAUACAGUUGAGGACUCCAAGGACACAAGGGAAAGCAGGUGAGGAGGACGACGAUGAGGAGGAUGAUGAAGAGGACGAUGAUGGUGAUUUGGAGGAAGUUACAGAUGAUGAAAAAUGAUCAGAAUUCUUGCGCCACAGUAUUUCGACAGUGUUAUACUGUACUGUGUUAAUAUUCCUAGACUGUACAGCCAUGAAUCUGUUUUUACAUCCACCAGAAUUUAUUUUGUGACAAGCCAGUUAGUAAUGUGGCUAUAAAUGUGCCUCUCAUUUUAACUGCCAGAAAUGAAAUGCCUUUAAAUCUCCUGUGCCAAAAUUUUGCAUGCAGUGUUAAAAUCAAUAUGUUGAAUAUGUAGUACUAGUAUGUGCACUAACCUAAUAAACCAAGUGUUAUUUCUGAUAAA